AUGACGGAUACAAGGGAGCAGAUCCAAACCAGGGUGCAGGAGGAAUUGGCUGCCGGCUCUGACUUCAAAGCAUCAGAACUCCAACCACUCACAGGUGGCACUGGAAACUUCAUAUUCCUGGCAACACUCUCGACUGCUCUUCCUGAUGGCACGUCACAGGUGGUCGUCAAACACGGCGAAGAAUAUGUAGCUUCGAAUCCCAAUUUCCCCUUGCCGACUUCUAGAUGCAUCAUCGAGGUUGAAUGCCUGCGUGAGCUAUCAAACCUGGCACCGCUGGUCUCCUCGCCGUUCGCCAUCGCGACCCCCAAAAUCCUCCAUUUCAAUCCGGACACCAACACGCAAAUUCAAGAAUAUUUCCCCAACUACAUUAACCUCAAGGAAUAUGCCUUUGGGUACUACAAAGCCCCCACCCCAACGUCAGCAAAGUCCCAAUGCCUGAAACUGGGCGUGGCAAUUGGAAAGUGGCUUCGCCAGUUCCAUGCCUGGGGAAAUGAGCCGGCUAAUCAGUCAUUCCGUGGCUCGCUGCAGAAUAACGGCGCAAUGCAGCAACUGAAGAACUAUAUCAACUACAAGAUGUUGGUCGACAUGGUGGAUCAGCACCCGGAUAUCCUCGGAGACGCCAAGGAAAUUUUCCAAAAGAUCUAUGAGCAGACCCUCGAGGAGCUCAAGGAUGAGAGCUCAUUGGUGCCCAUCCAUGGGGACUUUUGGACUGGCAAUGUACUGUUGCCCAACAAGCCCAUCGAGGAUGGCACACAAACCCAGGUAGCCAUCAUCGACUGGGAGCUGGCCCAGCUCGGCAUCAAGCCUCUGGACGUGGGCCAAAUGGUUGCGGAACUCUGGCAAUUAAGCUUGUACAAGAAGAUCGACGCUGGCACAUGGAUUAUCCAGGGAUUAGCGCAAGGCUACGGCGUUGUCGACGUCGACUUUAUUUUUCGAACGCUGAUCCAUGUCGGGGCGCAUCUAAUCUGCUUUGGAUCCAGGACGCCAAAUUGGGGCACAGCCGAGCAGAACAAGGACCUUGUCCGUAUUGGCAAGGACGUCAUUCUGAAGGCUUGGGGCAAGGAUCGGUCCGCAUUCGCCGGCCACGACCUAGAGUUGCUUUUCCCAUGA